AUGUAGUUUUAUAAACAUGUAGAAUCAUACGUAUUUUACAGAUUGACAAAAUGUUCCGGAAGCAACCUGUGUCUGGUAAUGCCUUAAAAGAAAGAUAUUACAGAUGCUUUAUUGACAAUUUCAAACAAAAUUACCAAGAUCCUGAGGCUCCCGUUUCAUUCACAUACUCUAUGGUAUUUAAUGGCACAGAACCACUCAUUAAAUCUGAAAUAGAUGACUUGAUAGCAGCUAACACUGAAGUAUAUGACUUUGGUGGCAACAAGUGGCAGCUCAUUGGGGAGCAGUUACUCACAAAUGAGCUCUUAUUUGAUGAAAUUAAAAUUAAUAUAUCAGAUUAUCUCAUAAAUCUGAUAACAACUACUCCUCCAAGUGAAGUGAAUACCAUUGUCAAUAUGACAUUCCGCUUAUUGAACUUUUCAAUGUCACCAGCCAUGCAAAAUAAAAACAGUGCAGAAUUCCAGGCAAUAGCAUCAAAAUUCUGUCAAUAUUUGGACAAGAGCUACAAGAGUCGUUUCCAAGACUAUCUGUCAUGUGAUGUACAAAAAUUCUACACUGACUUCACUGAUGGUUCAGAUCAUGUAAACUUCUACCUUACUUUCCGUGGAGACCAAGAUGCUAACCUGCCUAAGUUACUUAUAGCCAUUAUUGUUGAAAAUGCUCACAGGGAAACUAUCAAUACAAAUAUAGUUCUUGUUGUUGGUCCGUUGAAUGUAUUUGAAGACUCAUUACAACAAGAUCACACUAACUCUAUGGUUGUCACUGGUGGUGGAACAACUCUAGCCACACCUUCAGAUCCAUGCAAACCAGACAAAAAGAAUGUUUACUUCCCGUAUGCCGGGGAUCCUACUAAAUUUAUUAUAUGUUCCAUGGGUAAAGCUUACAUUUUCAAAUGUGAUCGGAAUAGGACAUUUGAUGUGAACAGAAGUAGAUGUAUAUAAUAAACAAUAUGGGAAUGUAGAAAACAUUCAGUUGUUGUUAUAAUGUGUUUAUUGAUGUUAGAAGGGCCAUGCCAUCUUGAUGAUUUAUUGAAAAAAUUUGAACAGAUUAAAAUAAUAAAUGCUGAUCAAACAACAAAGUGUUUACUGAAUAUAGACAGCAAUAAUAACUUCACUUGACUUUAACUGAAGAAACACUAAGGCUCAUGUUAUAUAAAUAUACUUGCAUGGAAUGUAUUAAAUUUGCAUGGAAUUAAGUUAAAUAGUUAAAAUGAAGUCAAAUCUGACUCAGGUGUGAUGUUGUUUGUAUCAUAUAUACAUAUCAAUGGGAGCUGGCAAUAUCUUUUAUUCCCAAACAACAAUAAACAAAAGAAGAAACUAUUGUUACAGCGGACCCAUGUGCACCAGACAAGAAUAACGUUAUGUUGCCAGAUACCAGGGACAAGUCGGCUUAUUUCAUUUGCUACAAAGGAUCAGGUUACCCAAGUACUUGUGGAAAAGAUAGAGUGUUUGAUCCUGUACGAAGUAUCUGUACUUCACCUUGAACAAAUAUUCACAAUGUGUGACAAAUAUAAUAUA